AUGCUUCCCACACCAGACACUUCGCAUGUGUCAUUUGACACCAUCUAUGAGCCUUCCGAGGACUCCUAUCUGUUCCUAGACACGCUGGCAUCAGCAUCUGAAUCAAAAUGGCUCUCUGAACGAUUUCCAAAGAACCAAGAGGCAUCACCACUAGUCGUCGAAGUAGGCACAGGCUCUGGCGUUGUCCUAGCCUUUACAGCCGCGCAAUCUCAACAGAUCUUCGGCCGGCGCGAUAUUCUCACACUAGGCACAGAUGUGAAUCGCAAUGCUUGCAUCGCAACGCGGACGACGGCAACGACAGCCAUUCAGACAGAGCAACAGCCGUCUCCCGAAUCAAUGCACAUCGCUUCAUUAACGGCCGAUCUCUGUGCGCCUCUUCGUCCUGGUAGCGUUGAUGUCCUCCUCUUCAACCCGCCUUAUGUCCCGACAGAGGAUCUGCCACAGCUGCCUUCUCCGGCGCAGAAUGAUCCUGCGGUUGCCGAGGCCAUGUCCCGUUCUGCCAAGUUCGAUAACGACUCGUACUUUUUGUCUUUGACGUAUGCCGGUGGGGCGGAUGGCAUGGAAACGACGGAUAGGCUGCUCGAUGCUAUUCCUGGUGUUCUGUCUGGGCGUGGUGUGGCUUAUGUCCUGCUCUGCAAGCAAAAUCGGCCUGAGGAUGUUAAAGAGCGCAUCCGUGGUUGGGGCGGCUGGCAGGCUGAGACGGUGGGAUCAAGUGGAAUGCAGGCUGGAUGGGAGAAGUUGAUCAUUGUGAGGAUAUGGCGGGAUGAUUCUUCCUGA